AUGUAUCCACUAAACGACAACUAUUACCUUCAAUUGGUACGCGAUUCGAAUGAAUGUCUCAAUAUCGAACUUCAUCAUCAUGGCAUAUUGAUACGAAUCGUUUCAUUGAAUAACGAUCACUGCUCAACAUUGACGCAUCGUCUCUGUGAGACAGUCGAUGAAUUCAAUGUAUUGAUCAUUGAUUUACUCGAAACAUCAAUAUCGAAUAUUCGUGUUACAGUCGAUGAAAAUCUUGAAAUAUCGUUUCCAGUACGUUUCGGUAGUCGAAACUAUGAGAAAUUGUGGUCGUUUAUAAUUGAAUUAAGGCUCGAAACGAAUACAGCAGACGAAAUCUCACUCGAUCCAUCCGAUUGGAAUGAUCUACGAUUACUAGGGCAUAAAAUUAUGGACAAUAUGAUCGACUACAUGCGGGAUGUUCGACUCCGACCAACGUGGCGCCCAUUACCAUUAACAAUCAAAGAAACUAUUCUUAAUGGUGAUCUUCCACUUCAAGGUCAAUCACCGUGGCAAGUCUAUGAUGAAGUUUUCACGAUGAUUCUUCCUUAUGUGAUUGGUAAUAUUCAUCCUCUUUUUUGGGGUCAUGUCUACGGUACCGGUUCAACGAUUGGAGCUCUAGCAGAAUUUAUAACUGGAACAAUGAAUACUAUGUCUUGGGGUGGUCAACAAGCAAGUAUCUAUUUAGAACGCAAAGUGUUGUCGUGGCUGAAACAACUGAUUGGUUUUCCAAAUGAUGAAACAAGUUCGGGCAUUCUCGUCAGUGGUACAUCAGUGGCUACAAUUAUUGCUUUGGCAGUGGCCAGAAAAAAAUUUCACGAGCGAACUAUGAUCAUCUACUGUACGAAAGAUGCUCACAGUUGUAUUAUUCGAGCUGCCAAUCUACUCGGUAUCAAUAAAGAAAAUAUUGUUUAUGUUUCGACAAAUGAACAACGACAAAUUGAUCUACAGGCAUUAGAGGCGUGUAUUGAUCCGAACACGUGUGGUUUUAUUGUCGGUUCAGCCGGUACGGUCGGCACUGGAGCCAUUGAUGAUCUACAAGGUUUAGCUGAUAUUUGUGCUCGUCGUCCGAAUGAUCUCUGGUUUCAUGUUGAUGGUGCUAUUGGUGCAGUUGCAUGUUGUUCACGACGUCUUCGGCCAUUGUUCACCGGCUUGGAACGAGCCGAUUCGAUCGCUUUCGAUCUGCAUAAAUGGCUUUCUGUUCCAUACGAAUGCGGUUGUAUUCUUGUGCGCGAUGGUGAAUUACAUCGUUCGACAUUUGUUCAACCAACAGUAUCCUAUUUGACAUUGAUGGACGGUGGUAUAACACCGAGUGAAGGCGAACAUUUUUUCAGUGAUUAUGGUCUUGAACUUUCACGCAAUACGAAAGCCGUAAAAGUCUGGAUGACAUUGAAAACAUAUGGAAUCGAACGAUUUGGUCGUAUUAUGGAGCAAAAUGUUGAUCAAGCGUUGUAUUUUGCUCAUUUAAUUGAACAGCAUUCAAAUCAAUUCGAAUUGUUGGCCAAAGUAACAUUAAAUAUUGUUUGCUUUCGUUAUAUUGUACGUCAGUCAAAUACAAUCGAUGAAAAUGACAUGUUAAAUAAAUUUAAUAAACGUUUAUUGACAAUGAUACAAGAACGAGGCAUUGCCAUUGUUUCACCGUUUGUCAUUGGUACGAAUACAUUUGCUUUGAGAAUGUGCAUCACGAAUCAUCGAACGAGACUCACGGACAUGGAUAAAUUCAUCGAACAAAUGAUUCAAGUCGCUCGUGAGCUACUCAGUACGGAUGAAUUUGCCAUUCUGAAGACGAUUGGAUCGGUGUGA